AUGGCCAGGUCUAGGGGUUAUAAAGAAGAACACCAGUUGUGUUGUGCUAAAACGAAAGCCGCCACGCCUUCUAGAACCUUCCACAUCACUUUCCGCAAAACCCUAAACCCAGCACUAUCAGCCGGAGCCAUGCGACGGCCGCAGCGCCGCGCUGUAGCUAAGCAAAGCCGCGCCAAGGAUGGCGACGAGAUCCGCCUCCUUGAGGCCUGGAUCGACGCCGGCAAGCCCCUCCCGGGAACCAAGCCGCCUCCCCCCUCGGAGGAGUCCUCCGCCGCCAACGCACGGGUAAGGGCACGAGAUGUAGUGGCUAAGGCGGCGGCUGGGGACUACUCGGAUUAUGGCGCGUCCACGCGGUUCGACGAGCUGCCGCUGUCGAAGAAGACCAAGGACGCCCUGCGGAAGGCGGGGUACAAGGAGAUGAGCGAGAUCCAGCGGGCCGCCCUGCCCCACGCGCUCUGCGGGCACGACGUCCUCGGCGCGGCCAAGACCGGGUCCGGCAAAACCCUCGCCUUCGUCAUCCCAGUCAUUGAGAAGCUGUAUCGGGAGAAAUGGAGUCAAGAGGAUGGUGUGGGUUGCAUUAUUCUCUCUCCCACUAAUGAUUUAGCUGGUCAAAUUUGGGAAGUGGUCAGGAAAGUCGGGAAGCACCAUAACUUUAGUGGUGGUGCUAUCGUUAAGCGCACGGGUAUCGAGCAAGAAAAAGAACGCAUAAACAGUUUGAAUAUCUUAGUGUGCACUCCUGGACGGUUAGUCCAGCACUUUGAUGAGACUCCAAACUUCGAUUGCUCAAAUCUCCAGAUAUUGGUGCUUGAUGAGGCGGAUCAAAUACUUGAUAAAAAUUUCAAAUCCCAAGUUGACAUUAUCCUUUCUCAAAUUCCCAAAGCUAGACAAACCUUACUGUUUUCUGCCACACAGACGAAGUCAGUUAAGGACCUCGCAAGGGUUAGCCUAAAGAAUCCUGAAUAUAUUAGUGUGCAUGAGCAGGCUAGCACGGCUACCCCAGAUAACCUUGAGCAGUGUGCCAUGAUUGUGCCUCUUGAACAGAAACUGAAUAUGCUUUGGAGUUUCAUCAAAAGGCAUCUAAAGUCAAAAAUACUAGUCUUCUUAUCAAGUGUUAAGCAGGUCAAAUUUGUGUAUGAAAUUUUCAAGAAACUACGUCCUGGUAUUCCUCUAAAAUGUAUGCAUGGGCGGAUGAAAUACGAAGUACAGCAGGCUAUAGUAGCAGAGUUCAGCGAAAGUACUUCGGUUCUGUUCUCAACUGAUAUAUUUGCUAGAGGACUGGAUAUAGGGAAUGUGGAUUGGGUGGUACAGGUUGAUUGUCCAGAAAGCGUCGCAAUGUACAUCCACAGAGUUGGUCGCACAGCUCGUUACAACAAGAAAGGGAAAUCUCUUAUAUUCUUGUGUCCAGAGGAAGAAAGAAUGCUGGAAAAAUUGAAGGCAACUGAGAGUAAAAUACCUAUUAGUGUUCGCAAGCCUAAAGUGGAACAACUGGAGCAGAUAUCUCAGAAUGUAGCAGCAGUGCUUGUUAAAUUUCCCAAUCUGCAGCAACUAGGUAAAAGGGCUUUUGUGACCUAUCUCAAGUCAGUGUACCUCCAGGGAGACAAAGAGGUGUUCGAUCUGAGCAGGUUCUCUGCGGAGAGUUUUGCUGCAUACGCCUCUUCACUUGGUCUUCCUGUUACCCCUAAAAUCCGCUUCGUAAGCCACAAGAAGAAUGUGUCGAAGAAAGAUAUGAAGGACAUUGAUGUGAAACAGAUGAAACACAAAGCUGAAGUCAUUGAAAUAAAGCCACAGGUCAAUCGUGAUAUGCUUGCAGAUGAUGGACCUGACGAUGAUAUCCUUUAUCCGAAGAAGCCCAACACAGAUGCAAAUAUUUAUGAUGGACUAGAUGAUAUCCUUUCUCCCAAAGUGCCUGACACUGAACCAGAAAAAAUCAAAGAGCUGGCAGCGAGGCCCUUGAAAAAGAAGAAGCUGAAAAUAAACAUGCACAGGCCUGUGGGAACAAGGGUCAAGUACGACGAUGAGGGCAAUGCGAUUGAUCCCCUUGCAUCUUUAGCCGAAGAAGUGGGCCCAGAAGACGUGAUUCACAAGGAUAAAAUUCUGCAGAGGUAUGCAGAGAUGCUGAGAGAAAUGCAGGAGGAUGACAAGGAGGACAAGGCCCAGCACAAGAAGAGUUUGCACGAGAAGAAGUUUGAGAAGAAGAUGAAACUGAAGCGCAGGCGACAGGAGGAAACAGAUGCGGUGUCUGACGACAGUGGCUCAGAGUCCGACAGAAACCAGAACAUGUCCUCCAAGGGUAAAAAGAAGUACUUCAACAACAGCGACGAUGAUGAAGGUGGUGCAGCUAAGGGCGGGGACCUUCUCGCGCAGCAGGAGGCACUGGCACUGAAGCUUCUGGGUAAAAUGCACGACUAA